AUGGCAUCGAGAAUCCUUCUCCAGUCCUCCUUUGGACUCGCCUCGCUUGGGCUCGCCUCAUACUUGUGGUCGAGCGCAUCCAAACCUCAAACAAUCCCACCAGCAACAGACCCACCGCUCGGCUCAUCCUCCGUCAGCUCCCCCAACUCGGGUAAGGACGUGUUUGACCCAUCCACGAUCCAACCGCAGGCCUACUUCAAAUACGGCUUCCCCGGGCCCGUGCACGAUCUCGCGCCACACACAGAGUUCAUCUCAUGCUACGACCGCGCCCGGCGCAACCCUUACUGGGUACUCGAGCACAUCACGCGCGCCUCGCUCCAGCGCACCACCGACCUGGGCGACCGCAAACGGUCGGUAUUCAAGGAAGACGAGCUGAUCCCGAGCAAGUUCCGCGGCCGCUUGCGCGACUAUUUCCGCAGCGGCUACGACCGCGGCCACCAGGCCCCCGCCGCGGACGCCAAGUUCAGCCAAACUGCCAUUGACGAAACUUUUCUUUUGAGCAAUAUGGCUCCUCAAGUGGGCGAGGGGUUCAAUCGCGAUUACUGGAGCCACUUUGAGGACUUUGUGCGGAGGUUGACUAUGAAAUACGAUGACGUGAGAGUUAUGACGGGGCCCUUGUAUUUGCCAAAGUUGUGUCCGGAUGGCAAGUACCGCGUCAGUUACGAAGUGGUGGGGUCGCCUCCCAAUAUCGCGGUGCCGACGCAUUUCUUCAAGUUGGUUGUGGGGGAGGAUAAGAGUAGAGAGGGCGUGGUGAGCGUGGGUGCGUUUGUCUUGCCUAAUGAUGUCAUCGAUAAUGGCACUCCAUUGCAGCUGUUUCAAGUGCCCGUGGAGGCGUUGGAACGGAGCAGCGGGUUGGAGUUGUUGCAGAAGGUGCCUUACUAUAAUAAGAAGGACUUGUGUCAUGAGGUCAAGUGCGAGAUCAUCGUGAGGGAGUUUCCAAAGCAAGUUGACCAGGUCUUGGCCUUACCUGAGGGAAAGUAA